AUGUCUGAUGGGAGAGAGUUCCAAAGACGGGGGGCAGACCGGCUGAAAGCUCUUAACCCCAUGGUGGUCAAUCGGGCUGGGAAAACAGUGAGACUAACAGAUGAGGAAGAUCUGAGAGUGCGACUAGAGACUUGGCAACAACCUGGCGACUUCUCCCAGCUGAACGAGCUAACACCGGCCGGUGAGAUUCAGAGAGAGAAAGCAGAGUCUCCUGAACCCAGCUGUGUGUCCAUGAAGAGUGACGCCUCAAUGCACACUCCUCUAACAUUCAGAAAGGAGGAAUCUUGUUCUGAAAUGAGAAUCCAGCAGGAGGCAUCAAACAUCAGCAGAAGAAAUAUGGAGGUCAUAUUCAAGGAGCUGGAGCAGAAAGUCAUCUCUCUGGUAAAGAAGCAGCUGAAGAGGUUUGAGAAGAUCCUGAAGAGUCUGGAUUACCCAGCAUGCUCUGGGAGCGAGGAGGAGGAUGAGGAGGAUCAGAGCGCUGUCAGAGAGGGGGCGCUGAAGAUCACACUGCACGUUCUGAAGAUCAUGAACCAGACAGACCUCGCUAACACACUGCAGACCAAACUGGCCCCAUUUUGUCAAAAAAACCUGAAAUCUGCUCUAAAGGAAAAUUUUAAGAAAAUCAAUGAAGGAAUCUCAAAUCCUGGAACCUCCACCCUUCUGAAUGAGAUCUACACAGAGCUGUACAUCACAGAGGGAGGGAGUGGAGAGGUCAAUAAUGAACAUGAGGUCAGACAGAUUGAAGCAGCAUCCAGGAGACCAGCAACACAGGAGACACCCAUCAAAUGUAACGACCUCUUUAAAGACCAGUCCAUCAGAACUGUGCUGACUAAAGGAGUUGCUGGAAUUGGAAAAACUGUCUCUGUGCAGAAGUUCAUUCUGGACUGGGCUGAAGGAAAAGCCAACCAGGAUGUUCUCUUCAUAUUUCCACUUCCUUUUAGAGAGCUGAAUCUGAUGAAAACUAAAUCACUCAGUCUGGUGGAUCUUCUUUAUCAAUUUUUUAAAGACUCAAAAGUAUUAAGACCAGGAGAUUAUCAUCACUACAGAGUCAUGUUCAUCUUUGAUGGUCUGGACGAAUGUCGACUUCCUCUAGAUUUCCAGAACAAUGAGAGAGUGUCUGAUGUAACACAGUCAGCCUCAGUGGAUGUUCUGCUGACAAACCUCAUCCAGGGGAACCUGCUUCCCUCUGCUCUCCUAUGGAUAACUACUCGACCAGCUGCAGCCAAUCAGAUUCCUCCUGACUGUAUUGACCAGGUAACAGAGGUACGAGGGUUCAGUGACCCUCAGAAAGAGGAAUACUUCAGGAAAAGGAUCAGUGAUCAGAGCCUUGCUGAAAGAAUCAUUACACACAUGAAGUCCUCCAGAAGCCUCUACAUCAUGUGCCACAUCCCAGUCUUCUGCUGGAUCUCAGCCACUGUUCUAGAGAGGAUGUUGGGUGAAGCAGAGGGAGGAGAGAUCCCCAAGACUCUGACUCAAAUGUUCACACACUUCCUUAUCUUUCAGAUCAAACACCGCAGCCAGAAGUACCAAAGAAAAAGUGACGCUGAUCUUGACCAGACUAGAGAGAUUAUUCUGGCUCUGGGAAAACUGGCUUUCCAACAGCUGGAGAAAGGAAACCUGAUCUUCUAUGAGGAAGACCUGAGAGAGUGUGGCAUUGAUGUCAGAGAAGUGUCCGUGUACUCAGGAGUGUGCACCCAGAUCUUCAGACAGGAGUUUGGGCUGCACCUGGGGACAGUGUUCAGCUUUGUGCAUCUGAGUGUUCAGGAGUUUCUGGCUGCUUUAUAUGCAUUUCUGUCCUUCAUCUCCAGCAACAGAAAUGUGCUGCAACAGAAACAAGGUGGAUUAAUUGGUUUCUUUAAAAAGGGAACAAUGUCUGACUUCCUGAAGAGCGCCGUGGACAAGGCCUUACAGAGUGAGAACGGAAACCUGGACCUUUUUCUACGCUUCCUUCUGGGUCUUUUACUGGAGUCCAAUCAGACUCUCUUACGAGGUCUUCUGACCCAGACAGGAAAUAUCUCUUACAGCAAAGAGGAAGUAGUGGAGCACAUCAAGCAGAAGAUCAGGGAGAAUCCAUCUCCAGAGAAAACAAUCAGCCUGUUUCAAUGUCUGAAUGAACUGAAUGAUCAUUCUCUAGUGCAGGAAGUCCAAACAUACCUGAACAGAGGAGGUUCCAGAAGUCUCAGUGGAGUUAAGCUCUCUCCUUCUCAGUGGUCGGCUGUGGCGUUUAUGAUGCUGAAUUCAGAAGAGGAGCUGGAGGAGUUUGACCUGAAUAAAUAUGACAGGUCAGAGGAAUGUCUUUUGAGGUUGAUGCCGGUAAUCAAAGUAUCCAGAAAAGCAUGGCUGUGGGAGUGUAAUCUGUCAGAGUAUAGCUGUGCAGCUCUGACCUCAGCUCUCAGCUCAAGCUCCUCAACUCUGAGAGAUCUGAACCUGGGUAAUAAUAAACUGCAGGAUUCAGGAGUGAAGAUGCUCUCUGCUGGACUGGAGAAUCCACAUUGUAAACUGGAGAAACUGGGGCUGGCUGGGUGUGAUCUGUCAGAGGAAAGCUGUGCAGCUCUGGCCUCAGCUCUCAGCUCAAACUCCUCAACUCUGAGAGAACUGAACCUGAAUAAUAAUAAUCUGCAGGACUCAGGAGUGAAGCUGCUCUCUGCUGGACUGAAAAGUUCACACUGUAAACUGGAGAAACUGGAGUUGAAUAAUUGCAGUAUUACAGGAGAAGGCUGUGCUUCUUUAGCUUCAGCUCUGAAAUCAAACCCCUCACACCUGAGAGAACUGAAUUUGAGAUACAAUAAUCCUGGAGAAUUAGGAAAGAAGCUGCUCUCUGAUCUACAGAAGGAUCCACACUUUAAACUGGAGAUACUACAGUUCUGGUAAAAGGACUAUCCUGCUCUUAUUGACCAUUAUUGAGACACUUUACUAUAGGAGGUAAAUCCUGCCAAAAAUAAAACUGAAA